AUGCUGUCGCUGCCUGGGGCCAAGAAUAGAGAUCAUCGAAUCCAAGUUCAGAAUCUAGGCGCGUACAGAGACGUCUCUGUCCAUUCACAUCCCGGUCUCUCAAGCCAGGAUGAGUUGGUAGCCACAGGUUUAUUCGAAAGUACAGAUACUUUUUCUCGCAUUAGUACUCUAGCUCGCUCCCUCCCUCUCCAUGCGCGUGGAGACAAUGGCACUGGGAUGAUGCCGGAUACAGGGUUCUUUACUGCCUUAGAGCAGUAUCUUGGCUCCAUUAGCCCCUUGAUUUUUCACAGCCUCUUGUCCACCCAUAAGGGUAUGAUGGCCGUGGCACUUCUGUUGCCACCAUCGACCGCCCGUAUGCGGGAUAAGAGCGUGAACGCAGGCGAAUGA